AUGAGUUACGGAGGGUGUGACAUCCCGGGCCGGCCGGCUCGGCCCUGCCAGCCCGGGCUGGCCCGGGGGACUCUCCCGGGUCUGUCCCGUCCCAGGGAAUGCGGGGCUGCUCCCCAGGCAUGGGACAGUUCCACUUCGGGGGGUUUCGGGUCCCCAGAUGUGGCUGAAGAAUUCCAGGAGAACUCCUGGCACCUCCAGGCAAGGCCAGCAGAGAUCCUGCAGGAUUCAGGGAGGAUCCUGGCAGGUGAGGCCGUGUGGGCUGGUCCUGAUCCCGAGCCGAUUUCCAGCUCCAGAUUCCAAUCUCCUGCACUUCCUCUCUCCCUGAGGGAGAUAAAGAUCCUGGGCAGGCAGGGCAGAACUCCGGGAAUUGCAUCCGCUCCCACAGCCCGGCCCGGGGAGGGGAGCGGGGCCGCUCCUGGGGUGGGAGGGCACGGGGAAGGGGCAGGCGCCGCCUUCCUGUGGGUGUUUUCCUGGGAGAAACCGGGAUGGGGCCGGCACCUGCCGGAGCAGCCCUGGCAGGGAAGAUGUCCUGGCAGGAAUCCGGCCCGUCAGGUCCCAUCGGAGCCGGUGGCACUCGGUGACCAAGCCCUGGCAGCUGAGGUGGCCCCGCUGCGAGCCAAGCUCCACCUUCUGCCCCCGGGGCUGCGGGGAGGAUCCUGGAUCCUGCCCCGGCUCGGGAAUGCGGGGGCUCGGCCUGGAGGGGCUGUCCCGGGUGUCCCCGAGCCCCGGGGGCGGUGAGGGCCCUGCCCCGAUCCUGGCAGGGCGCAGGAGCUGCUGCUCCUCUGUGGCCUUCCAGCCAUGAAAAUAAACACGUAAACAAGA